UUAUAAAAUAUUUAGAAGGUUGUAAGAUUUUGUUAGAUUCUUUCUCAACAGAAUUUGUUAUACUUAAAAUAAAUUUAAACUUAAAUUUGUUUUAUUAUUAAUGUAAAUAAUGAAAUAUGUCAUAUUAAGUAGUUUUUAGAUGGUCCUAGUAUUACUUGUUAACAGUAGAUAAAAAAAUAGGACUUUGUUUUAAUAGAUUAGAUUCUGGAAGAAUAUUUUGACCCAAACAGAUUUUAAUAUUUAAUUUAGAAUACAUAAAGACAAUAAAUUUUGUAAGACUUUGUUAAAUUAUGAUUUUUUUUUGAUGAAAUUUCAAAUUUAUUGAUAAUCAGCAAAAUAAUAGAAAUUUACAAAAAGAGAAAACAAAAGUAACUAGCUUCUAAACAAGAGAGAACAAAAAAUGAAAAAAUUUCUAAUUCAGCUAAGAGAGAACUUGUCUCACAUCGUCACUUCAAACCAACGCCUCAUCUGUCCUGCUAGCUUAUCCCGAUAGGAAUAUUUCAGAGAAGAGAUUCUGUUCCUCAUAGUCUUAUCGAUAUGAAAAGUCAGCUUCUCAUAAGGUAUCCAAGCUUUCCCAUGUCUCCUUGCAUUCCUCUCCCUCCAAAUAUAGUAAACUGUCAUUUGAAAAACCAUUCGGACAAGGACUGUAUCCAGCAUUGACCGUCGAUCAUAGCGUAUCCUUGCAACGGUAUCCUGCCAAUCUGUAGUUAUACGAGUACCAAAAAGUCUUCCCGUCACUCGUAGCCAAACCAUAUAGCUGCCAAUCGUAUCCUGCCAAUCUGGUGUUAAAUUAUGAUUUACUAAAACUAUUUCGGAUUUAGAAUAUAUAAAGACAAUAUAUGCAUAUAUAUUAAUCAUUAAAAAUUAUACCAAAUAUUUUUUUAAAAGUUUUUAUAAUAUAUAAUAUUUUAUUGUCUAAUAAAUAAAAAUUAAAAACUAUAAAUGAUUUAUAUAUUUUAAUAUAUAAUACAUAAUUUCAUUUUUAUACAUAUCUGUAAUUAUCUAUAACAGUUAACCAUUUUUUUAAUUCUGAAAGAUUUUAAAAAGUAUGAAACAGUUUACAAAGUCUUUUAAAAUUUAUUUUAGCUAUUCCAAACUACAGAAUAUUUUUUAUUAAUUAAUUAAUCCAACCAUUUAAAAAAAUUUAACUCUUUUUAUAUUAAUUUGUAUUUUUCAAAAUAAAUUAAACUAUCUUAGUAUUAUUAGCAUAGUUUUAUUUCUAGCGUGUUUGAUUGAUCUUAAAUCAUUCGUAGAAAAUUUAAUAGUUUUAACUAUUAUAGGUUUAAAUUUGAAAAAGUUAAUGUCAUAAUUUUAUUUGAUUUAAUAAUUUGUAUGUCAAUAAAUUUUCUAAUCUCUAAAAUAUUUAUUUCAGGUUAUUUUUGCUUAAAAUAUGCUAUUAUUUAUUUAUAAUUUAAAAAAAUAAAUAGUGAAAUUAUUAGUUUAAUAAUAUUUUAAGCAUAUUUUUUGGACACAUAUUUUAAUCAUGUUUAUAGCUCGUAUUCUAUUCUUAAUGGACGAGUCUUUCACCUUGUCUUUGGCUACUCGAAAUGUUUUCAGUAAUAAAUCCAACCGUCCAAAGAGUCUUUAACUCUACUAGAUAAUAUUGUGUAUUUUUGAAAGCCAUGUCAAUUUUUUUAAAUAGAUAAAUUAAAGGGAUAAUUAGGAGAAUGCGCUGUUUAUGUUAUCAAAUUUGAAAAAUGCAUUGAUUUAAUUUGUUUUUGAAAAUUACACUUGUCAUAUAUGUAAAAAAAACAUUUUGAUCAAAUUUCAGUUAAAUGUCAUCUUAUAAAAAAAUUAAUUUCAAAAUUAUUGAGGUAAAAUAUUUUACUGAUUUAAUAAUUAAUUAAAUAUAGAAUUGGACAAAUAAUUUAAAAUUUCAUUGUUUAUCAUUUAAAAAAUUACUAGUCUUAUAUAAACAGAAAUUAUUAUGGAAACAAUUAUCACUUUCCUAAUGCAUUAUGCAAGAUUUUACAUAUUUAAACUCAUCAUCACACCGAACUUGUCACAAUAAAAUAAAUUUCUUCCACUAAGUGAUAAAAUUCAUGAGGUCAAAAUUUCAUCAAAGGGGAAAUAUUCAAGACUUAUAAAGCACAAUAGCAAUAGAUCAAAAUUUGGUAAGUUUUUUCAUCAAAAAAAUUGGUAAGUUCCAAAGUACAUGAAAUUUUUUGGUUCACACAAAAGAUUGUGUCUUCAAGUUAAAGACUUCAACUAUGAUCGUUUCAUUUUGUUUACUAUUUGAUAUUUAAAUUAAAAAAAUUCAAAAUAUUAAAUUUAAAUUCUUAAUGUAAUUAUAUAUAUUUUAGUCAGGAUAAUCUAGUUAUUUAACUUAACAAAAAGUGUAGUUUUUAAAAUAAAUAAAACACAGUAUAGUUUUCAAAAUAAAAUAUAUUUACAGAGUAUUUUUCCAAAAUUUCCCUAAAUUAAACUCAAUUCCUAGUAUCUAAAUAUAAAUUAACUAAAAUUUGAUUGAGUACACUUUACAUUAACGUGUAGUUUCUCAUUUCAUUAUCAAUUGCAUUUCUGAUUUGAUUCUAGUUUGUUUAUUGAGAAAAUAAGAAACUUAGGUUCAGUUCCUAAUCUAAAUAUCAGUUCAACUCGAUUCACAUUGAACCGGUUUGGUUUAGAUGGUUAGCAUUCUUAUAUUUUAAAAAUAAAGGAGCAUUCAGUUUAAUUAUUAAAACAGCAUGCAGUUUGAAUAUUUUCCCAAUCACUACGUAUCACGAUAAGUUACACAUUCUCAAAUCAAAUACUAUAAAAUUGCCAAAAACAACUACAAAGGGCAAAAUGGGACACAAAAAAAGAGGUAACUGCGCACGAAGAACGGGUCUCAAGCUUUCCGACAAGACAUGCACACCACAAAUUUCCUUUACUUUUCUUUUUUGCCUAACCUCUGGGACCACAAAUUUCUUUAACUCUCCGUAUAUAAAUCGAGCAUUUCUAAAACCUUCCCAAUCUUCUUAUUGACUCAAUAUAAUCAUGAGACCUGCGCAGGACAAUCAAGGAUCCUUCCUCGGCCGGAUUAGUAUUCGUCGCAACCAAUUCACCGACGUCAACACCGAACAAGAGCAAGAAGAUCUCGAGCUUUUCCAAAAACACAUCGCCGAUCGUUUCACCGAGCUUCUCACUCCUCCUCCACCACCACAACCACCCUCCGAUGAAACGGACACUGUUGCUUCCGUAGCCGCGACGGAGCAGAUUAUGUCCGUCACUUGGCUUCGUAAGCUUAUGGAUGUUUUCCUCUGCUGCGAAGCCGAAUUCAAAGCGAUUCUCUUAAUGGGCCGUGACCCGACCCAAAUUUCUAAACCGCCUUUCGACCGGUUAGUUCCCGAAAUGUUAGACCGGUCGAUUAAAGCGCUUGACAUCUGUACCGCCGUCGUUAACGGAAUCGAUUCCGUUAGACACUACCAGCGCCUAGCUGAGAUCGCCGUGGCAGCGUUGGAGCAACGUCCGUUAGGAGACGGUAACGUGAGGCGAGCGAAACGCGCGCUGGCGAAUCUACUCAUCGCGUUGAGCAUCGAGGACAAAGAGAAUGUAAGCAGCGGCGGCGGAGGGAAUAAGACGGUAGAGAGAUCGUGGUCGUUCGGUCGCCGCGGCGGCGGAUCGUCUGCGGCGAGUAAAGGAGGAGCGACGAUCGGUCAGCUGAAAUCGUCGUCGUGGGCCGUCGGGAGAAACUGGUCGGCGGCGAAGCAGAUCCACGCUAUGACGGCAAAUCUAACACCGCCACGUGGCAACGAAGCGGCGGGGUUGCCUCUGCCGAUGUUUAUAAUGAGCACUGUAACGGUGUUCGUAAUGUGGGUUCUAACGGCGGCGGUUCCGUGUCAGGAGAGAGCUGGACUAGCGAAUCACUUGCCGGUGCCGAAGCAUUUGAAUUGGGCUCAGAGUUUGGUCGGAAUCCACGAGAAGAUCGGAGAUGAGUGGAAGAAGAAGGAGAAGAAAGGAUCAGCGGGGUUGAUGGAGGAGAUGACGAGGAUGGAGAAGCUUGGUCACUCGCUGAUUGAAUUCGCCGAUGGAUUUCAUUAUCCGGCGGAGAAAGAAGCUGCUGAGUCUGCGGCAGCUCAAGUGGCGGAGAUGGCGGAGAUAUGCCGGAGAAUGGAGGAGGAGCUUGUGCCGUUGCAGCAACAGAUCAGAGAGGUUUUCCAUAGGAUCGUGAGGAGUCGUGCGGAGAUUCUAGAGGUGUUGGAACAAGCGGGGAAACUUUCAGCGCCAGUUGUGUAAAGAUUUUAAAAUGUUGGGGGGACAUUUCAAAGUUUUGUAAUUCGUUGGGGGUUAUAAGAUAAGAUAUUUAUUUUCAUAGCUCUGUGUUAUCGUUUUUUUUGUCCUUGUUUGGGUUUCAGAACUCUUUUGGAACGGCCCAUAUCAUUUGUGUCUUCAUCUUCGUCUAUAUAUUUUUCAUAUAUAAUUUUUGCUUAAUCUUU